CACACACACACACACACAGAGAGAGACAGACGAGCCUACAGUCAGUCGAAGUCAUUGCGCGAUGGAAGACACCUUCAUUUUAUCAAUGACACGGGUAGGACGACGAGCUAAGAACCGUAUUCCCAUAUGAGCUGUUAUAAUGACAGCGGAGUAAUCAAACAGACGAGAGAAGCUGUCAAACUGUCGGAGAACAAGCGAAGAAAAACGCCAAAGGUUUUCUCCAUUGUGUCACUCAAGAGGAUGUUGGUCUUCACGUUCUGCCUGUUGUUUUGCUCCUCCACUGACGCUCUGGAGUUUCGUUAUCACAACACCGUCCAAAUGGAGCAGUACCUGAAAGACAUCAACAGGACGUAUUCCCACAUCACACACCUCCACAGCAUCGGCCAGUCCGUUGAAGGAAGAGAGCUGUGGGUCUUAAUACUGGGUCAACAUCCUAGAGAACACAGAACGGGCAUCCCAGAAUUUAAAUAUGUGGGCAACAUCCACGGAAACGAGGUUGUAGGACGCGUGUUACUGCUUCAGCUUGUGAAUUAUCUGGCAAGUCGUUACCUGAGCGAUCCCCUGGUGACUCGUUUGCUGAACAGCAGUCGCGUGCACAUCCUGCCCUCCAUGAACCCGGACGGCUUCGAGUCCUCCAAACCAGACUGCAUUUAUACAGUAGGCCGGUACAAUAAGAACGGAGUGGACCUGAACCGCAAUUUUCCUGACGCUUUUGAAGCGAGUAACGAGCAGAAGAGAGAGUCUGAGGUCCGAGCGGUGAUGGAGUGGCUGAAGAGCGAGACGUUUGUGCUGUCCGCUAAUCUGCAUGGAGGAGCACUGGUGGCCAGCUAUCCGUACGACAACAGCAACGGAGGCGACGAGCAGCAGGGCUACAGGAGCGUGAGCCCCGACGAAGAUGUGUUUGUCCACCUGGCGAAGACGUACUCGUACAACCACACGGAGAUGUACAGAGGAAACCGCUGCAGCGACAUGCAGAGCUUCAGCAGCGGCAUCACCAACGGCUAUCAGUGGUAUCCUCUACAGGGAGGAAUGCAGGACUACAACUAUGUGUGGGCUCAGUGUUUGGAGCUGACCCUGGAGAUCUCGUGCUGCAAGUUUCCUCCAGAGGAGGAGCUUCCUGCACUAUGGGAGGCCAACAGAGUUGCGCUUCUGGCCUAUAUGCAGCAAGUCCAUCUAGGACUGAAAGGUGUGGUUAUGGAUUCUUCAGGGAAGUUGAUUCCUCAUGCUGUAGUGGAGGUGUUGGGAAGAGACAACAUUUGCUGUUUUGAAAGUGAUGUGAAUGGAGAAUACUUCAGAUUGUUGUUGCCUGGAAAGUACAUGUUGAGAGUCACGUCUCCAGGAUACAAGACCCUCUCUCAGAACGUUGAUGUGCCCUAUGGUCCAGACCGCUUCUCUGCCCUCACACACAACUUCAUCCUCCAACGCAGUGAUGGCAACUCAGACUCCAGCACACCAGCUCAGUCCUCCUGCAGCAGCUGUCGAUCACCUGUAAAAGACACACACAACAGUGCCACCCAGCUGACCAAUGCACUCACUGCACUAUUCCUACAAACACUACUGCUGAUGAAGCUAGACUGAAACAAACAGAUCUGCUCGUAUUUCAACAAUUCUGUUUUUUUACACUUCACACAAAACAACACCAUUUCAUACCUACCAUGAUGGUGGUGGUGGUGGUGGUGGUGAUGAUGAUGAUGAUGAUGAACCACACAAAUAGCCUGCAACACUGCUAACAAAGACAAACAACAUUUCAAUGCAUUAAGCACAACGUUUCGAAUGCCUAUUUCCAACAUUUGAUUAACACUCCAUCACUUUUCCUGUUUUGUGGAUAUUAACAAUGUUCAUUUGGAGCUGCUUUUUCUACCUCACUUACUUUCUAAUAUGAAUCAUCAAAACUAGCAGUGCCUUUAAUAAACAGCAUUUUCCUAUCA